GCCCUGCCAUCCCGGUGGGUGUGGACGUGCAGGUGGAGAGCUUGGACAGUAUCUCGGAGGUGGACAUGGACUUCACCAUGACCCUGUACCUGCGGCAUUACUGGAAGGACGAGAGGCUGUCCUUCCCCAGCACCAGCAACAAGAGCAUGACCUUUGACGGCCGGCUGGUGAAGAAGAUCUGGGUCCCUGACGUCUUCUUUGUCCACUCCAAAAGGUCAUUCACCCACGACACCACCACGGAGAACAUCAUGCUGAGGGUGUUCCCGGAUGGGCACGUGCUAUACAGCAUGAGGUAACU